UUGCCUCUAAUACGCACAAUCAGCUGGCUAAGAUACCAGGAAGUUCGCUCUCUCCAGCUGUCCGUUAUCGUUUAUACAUCAUGAUUAUUCCAGUACGGUGCUUUACCUGUGGGAAGGUCGUAGGGAACAAGUGGGAAGCAUAUCUGGGUCUUCUGCAAGCUGAGUAUACAGAAGGGGAUGCCUUGGAUGCUCUUGGCCUCAAACGAUAUUGCUGCCGCCGAAUGCUGCUGUCUCACGUGGAUCUGAUUGAGAAGCUGUUAAACUAUGCGCCAUUGGAAAAAUAAUGUGGAUUUGGGGAACAUCUGCAAUGAGCCAUCACCAGAAGUCCUAUGAACACUAGUGAUUUGACAACAUGUGCAAUAAAAUCGAAUCCAUGACGACAAUAUGAAAUGUAACCAGGAACGAUUUC